AGAAGGAUUAAAGCAUUUUCUUUUGAGCUAAUAUGGCAAUGUUCAUGUAUGUUUACAGGGUUUCCGUUUCUCUUUUGCUGCUUUUGGUCCUUUGUGAGAGAACUGUGGAACAGGCUGCGCGAGGUCCUCUUAGCAAAAUCUGUACAACAACGUGGUACGACACAAGUUUAACGACAAUACCUCCUCUUGCCGAAGAAGACGAGGAUGCCAUCAAAGCUCUGCUUGGGUGUUCUUCUAGCAAAAUAUUACGCCCAAAUUGUUACAUUGGAUUUACAAAUGCCGUUACCUGCAAUUGUUAUCCUGAGAAGCAUAAAAGAUGUCGAGUGGUACAAAUUGAUUUCUCCAAUAGACGAUUAGAAGGUAAGAUCCCCAAGGAGAUUGGUGACCUUCAGUAUUUAGAAUCCCUUUAUUUGAAUGGAAACAAUUUACGUGGAUCAAUUCCUGAACCGUUCAAAAAUCUGAAGAAUCUGGUGAAUCUUUCCCUCUGUGAUAACUCAUUGGAAGGACCCAUUCCACCUUUCUUUGGCGAGAUGAAGUCUUUAAAAAGCAUUUGCCACUACAGAGAUCUGUGCAAAAACUUCUUCGACCAAAUAAUUCCUCCAGAAUUGGGUUCUCUCCCAUCUUUGGAAAAUUUAGACUUGGGCCAUAAUUUCUUAUCAGGGAAAAUUCCAGAAGAGCUGGGAAAUAUUAAGAGCCUCAUUAGAUUGUACCUGGUGGAUAAUCAACUCUCAGGUGUACUCCCAGUCAGGCUUGGAGAUCUUAUGAAUCUAGAGGAGCUGAACUUGCAGAACAAUGAAUUUAUUGGUGCCUUGCCGCCGAGCUUCAAGAGUUUAAAGAAACUGACGUACUUCGAUGUGCGAGGGAACAAGCUCAAUGAAACAAUUCCGGAUAUUUUCGAACUGUGGCAAGAUCUGCGUAUCUUGAAUCUGAUGGGGAAUAGUUUUUCUGCACCUUUGCCUGGCCAAAUCUCAAAGCUGAAGAAUCUAACGGAACUGCAUAUCAGUGACUUAGUUGGAAAAAGCUACUCAUUUCCAGAUUUAUCUAGAAUGGAAUUUUUGAGAAUUUUGACAUUGAGGAAUUGCUCAAUAGAUGCCAACAUCCCUAUUUGGAUAUGGAAGCUAUUUCGCCUUCAGUAUCUGGACUUGAGUUUCAAUAGUUUGUUUGGUGCAAUUCCAGAAGUUGUUAACUCCUCGUUGAAUUAUAUAUUUCUAAGAAGAAAUAAGCUCAAUGACACAAUUCCAUCUUGGAUGAAUGCUACUUCAUACGUGGAUGUUUCUGAAAAUCGUUUCAAAAAUGUGAGGACAAGCUCCAAAGAGUAUCUAAACCCUAACUUGAAUCUGUUUGCGUGUUGCCCCAAUGAAAAGGAUGAGGUUGCAAAGCGGGACCAAGUUGAUUUCCAUUUUAAGAAUGGAACUCAGUUCUGUACUCAGUUCUAUGACCAUUUGUAUAUAAACUGCGGUGGUGAUUCUGUCCCUGUUAACGGAAAUGACUAUGAAGCUGAUGUACAUCCACGUGGUGAAUCAACUUUCUUCAUGAGUAAGAGGUCAAAUUGGGGCUAUAGUAGUAUGGGAAGCUUCUUAUGGGCAAAUCGUAAUAAGUACACUCUAAAUGAGACCGGCGAAAUUCAUGCUGGUGAUGCCCAAUUGUAUCGAACAGCACGUUUAUCCCCAAUCUCCUUGAAAUAUUAUGGAUUUUGUUUGAGAAAUGGUGAGUACAAAGUGAAGCUUCACUUUGCUGAAAUAUCAAGUAGCAACACUAAAGAUUCGCACAGCAAAGCAGGGCGACUCUUUGAUGUGGAUAUCCAGGAAGAAAAUGUGCUGAGAAACUUCAACAUCGAAAGAGAAGCGAAAGGUGUGAAUAAGGCUAUAACAAUGGAAUAUCCCACUUCUGUGAAUGAAGGUAGACUGGAGAUUCACUUAUACUGGUCUGGAAAAGGGUCAGUCUUAUGCCCAUCAGGGUACUAUGGCCCCCUUAUAUCUGCAAUUACAGUAACUCCAGUUCAAUCAGAACUGUCCAAAGGAGUGCUUGUUGGAAUUUCAGGAUUUGCACUACUUCUUCUAAUAUUGUUCAUAGGUUUUUCCUGGAGAUUCCAAGACAAAUUACGUCGGGAAGAGCUAGAAGUUGUUGAAUUGUAUCCUGGAGGGCAUUACAACUUUCGGAAAAUUAAAGCUGCCACAAAGAAUUUUGGUGAUGAGAACCGGUUUGGUGAGGGAGGUUUUGGGACUGUCUAUAAGGGCACUCUUGCGAAUGGGACUGACAUCGCAGUUAAAAAGCUUUUGGCAACAAAAGAAGAAAUGCACGAGUUUGUGGAAAAGAGUCAUACAAUUGCUGGCAUGAAACAUCCAAAUCUUGCAACACUAAUGGGAUGCUGUGCAGGAGACAAUGAGCUAAUGGGAUGCUGUGCAGGAGACAAUGAGCUAAUGGGAUGCUUUGCAGGAGACAAUGAGCUAAUGGGAUGCUUUGCAGGAGACAAUGAGCUAAUGGGAUGCCGUGCAGGAGACAAUGAGCUUCUGCUCAUCUAUGAGUACAUUGGAACUAACUCUGUUGAAGAUGCAUUAUUUGAUUCAGACGAACUUAGAGAAAGACUGGAUUGGCCAACAAGGUAUAGAAUUUGUCUUGGCCUAGCAGAAGGUUUAGCUUUCCUUCACGAGGGGUCCAAACUGGAAAUUAUACACGGGGAUAUUAAACCAGCAAACAUUAUUCUUGAUGACGAUCUAAAUCCGAAGAUAUAUGACUUUGGAUUUGCAAAGCUUCAUCACAAGCAAAAGUUGGAAGGAACACUGUCAUACACAGCGCCUGAAGUUAAAGAUCACCCCUUAGAAGCUAGCGCAGAUGUGUAUAGCUUUGGAGUUGUCACACUUAUACUUAUCAGUGGAAGGAAAGUCACAACCCCAAGGGCAGGUGGUGAUACUGAAUACCUCGUGGAGGAGGCACAAGUAAAGGAUCAGAGGGGAACUCUAAUGGACCUAGUUGAUAAUCAGCUUCUGGAAUAUGACUGGGAAGAAGCAGAUAUCAUUCUAAGAUUAGCAAUGAAAUGCAUUAGUUCACGCCCAUUCAGACCGACAAUGUCUACAGUCGUGAAGAUUCUAAAGAAAGAAUGCUCAAUCGAGACCAUUGAGCCAAAGCUGGGUGAUUCUCCAUAUAGAAAAACCAAAUCAUGUUUGCUUUUCUGAAAAAACCAGAUAGAGAAGUAAAGGAGUAUAAUAUUUGCUUUAACAGUGUGCUUGACCAGGCGCGGGGCUAGAAAUGGACUUAAGCAUUAUGCGUUCGGCUGAACCUAGUAGGUCUGUAAAUUUGUGUUAAAUUUCACUAAAUAUGUGCAAAUUUUAAAUUCAGAGUCCAGUUAUUCGCACUAGAAGUUGUUAUUGUAAAAUUCAGAACCCAUAAAAUUCAAAUCCUGGAUCUGUCUCGACAUGACUAGUGUGCUAGUACUCACCUGGAUUUGAUAUAUAAGGGCUUGCUAGGUUAUGUAAAUUUAUGGUUGUGGUGCCUUGUUGAGUUAGAACCUUGUUGUAUCUAUUAAAGAUGAUGAGAUAUAAUGAGAAUAAAUGUUUUGCUGAA